GCAAGGCAGCGCACGUGCAACCACAGAUGUAACUCUAGAGGCGUAGAGAGACGCAAGUGAAAUACCAACAGACAUGAAGGCGUUGCUCAGCGACGCUUGAUAGGUCUGUUACCGUGUGUAAACGCGCAGUUUAUCGGACAGCUAUGUUUGACUGGUUAGAAUUCGAUUUUCAAGUCUUGUGAAAGGUGUAUGUAUACUGCACCGGCAGAUCCGGGCUACUACGUCUACGGAUUCCCGGAUAAUUUGAAUUAGCCAAUCAAAUCGAUCCGCUCAAUUCAAACGCGCGACACUUUUUCUGCUAUUAUUGAUAUGGAGCAACUAACUAGUCAACUGCCAAAGCCCAAGUUCAAAGCUACUCGUUUGUGGAACGAAUUGGUGAGGAAUCUGCGAGAAGGCGUCGAAUUGAAGCGUCAUCGUUGGCACAUGAAAACGUACGAUGAUUGCUUCACUGGGUCAGACGCCAUCGAGUGUCUUCUUCGUCACAUGCAGUGGACAGGAACGUUUGGUCACGUGACCAGACCACAGGCAGCAAAGUUGUGUCAGAAAUUUUUGGAGAUGCGGGUUAUUGUCGACGCGCGAGGAAAGCAGGAAAAGAACGAGUUUAGAGAUGGAAAUCAUCUUUACAAAUUUACACAACCACUCCUGUCACCGAGGAAACGACCAGCAAGGAGUGCCCUUUCGACUGUUGUUGUUGCGAACACAUAUGCUCGCAUGGAGAAGACACCGGCAAAGAAAGCCAAGAUGGAAACGAAUUGUUUUGAUGAUAGUGAAGUGAGUGAGGAGCAGAUGGAUAGACUAGAGCCGAUGGUAAUUGAAAACAAGGAAGCUGGUCUCGUAGAAAUACGACAGAUUGACAUGGGAGAUGCAACACCAGAAGAAGUGGCAGCUGUUUGGAAAGAGAUAACUUUAUCAAGAUUACUUCAAUUAGUAGACAUGCAUGCACUUGAAGAUGUCCUGAAAGUGCAGACAGUAAAUGGCAAGCACAUAGCAGCAAACGCCAAUCACAUUGUCGAGGCAUUUAUGUCUAUGCCACGUUGCACAGACAGAGACAAACUAUUUGAACUAACAACCAACGAAAUAGCAGACGUGUUGCCACAUUGGGUGUUGUCGGCAAUGGAAUUUCUCAAGAACUGGCCUUAUGGUGCACCUGAGCAGUGUGGGUUUACACUGCCCGUUUAUCGUGGCUUUGACAGGGAUGUGCUAACAACAAUCGAAGAGUAUUUCCAAUCUAUGCCUCAACCGCUUAUUCCUACAGAAUUGUUUAGUCUUCACACGGCCAUCAUCGGGUUAAUUCAGAGUGGAAAGCAGACGUCGGUGGACGCUCUCCAGUUGUCUACACUUCUCGUCUCUCCACUUAGUCGGGCACAGCUGCUGAAGCUGUUGAUGUUUAUGGAUUCUGUAACACACAGUCAGACAAUCAGCCUCAGUACGGACAGAAGCAAUCGUCAAGUGUUGGUUAAGCUGUUUGGGUCAGUCAUACUACGAAGCUGCAGUAAGCCUUCAGUUUUAGAACUCGAAUCUGUCUCUCUUCUGGUGAACUUCCUACUUGACAAUUAUACACAAAUAUUUACUAUUCCUGUUGACAUAGAAGAGAGAGUGAAACAGAGAUUAGAGCAUAAGAGUAAGGAUGAGACGGAUGUAGCAAUGGUUGUUGGUUUGUCAUGUCACCAAAUCACUCAGCAACAUUAUCUCAAUCAAAUGAGAGAGACUUCACAGCAAGCAAUCGCUCAACUGUUGGACACAAUCAUGGAAAAUGAAAAGAUGUCGUCAAAACAGAAGAAACAGAAACUAAAACAAUUUCAAAAGGCGCAUCCUGAAAUCUUUUCUCGUAAAUUUCCUGACGGUUGUCCUUUCCUCAGUCAACAGCAAAAGCCGCGCCGAAGGAGUUCUCUAAAGUUAAAAUCGUCAUUCAAACUGAAGUCUCGGUUAAGGUGACGUGGUAAUGUAUGAUAACACAACUUUUCAAUAAUUUUAAUUGUUGCCUGGUAAUGUAAUUUGUUGUUUUAAAAUACUUUUCUACAUCAAUUGUGGAUUCAAA